AUGCUACGGCUAACUGAACAGCUGGAAACCAGACUAAAUGACCAAGAAGGGCGAGCCAGACGAUCUAACAUAAGGAUUUACGGGGUACCAGAAAAAGCUGAGGAAAACUUUUCAGAUAUGAUUCCCUUCCUGGAGGACUUAUUGAAAUCCACCCUAGUUCUGACUGAUGCUACUCCGGCGGACCUCCAAAUUGAACGGGCUCAUAGAGCGCUAGCGCCUAUUCCAUUACCCACCGCCAAACCCCGCUCGAUCAUCGUCAAGUUUCUUAACUACAGAACAAAAGAACUGGUCAUCAAAACUGCUUGGGCGAAGAAGUCAAUCGAAUGGAAAGACAACAGAAUUUUUUUCGACCAUGAUUACGCCCCUGAUGUGUUGUGGAAACGGAGGGAAUACCAAGAAACCAAAAGGAUGCUGAAGGAUCAUGACAUCAAAUUCCAAAUGCGUUUCCCAGCCAGGUUAAAGGUGUUCUAUACUGAAGGCACAGUUCUCUACAACUCCGCGGAAGAGGCAUCGACUGAUAUGGAGAAAAGAGGUUUCCCGAUAACCACACACAGCUCGCCCAACUCACUGAUUGAGCGCGAGACCGACCUGUUGGACAUCUCGCUCAUCAAGGACACCAGGAAUGGGAGGUUUGCCAAGACGCCAAAGGAGGCGCGUCUGCGGGAGAUGCUGGAUGUGGGGGCUCUGCAGGGUCAGAUGGAGGACCGGUUGCUGACGGUGGUCUGUGGAUCAGACAUGGUCAACAUCAGCUUCCUUAACUUCUGCGCCUUCCAUGAGGACGUGGCCAAGGAGUGGGCUAAAGAGCUCUUCACUCUGGCCUCAAACCUGCUGGCACAGAACCUGUCCAGAGAAUCCAGUCUGGAGAAAGUGUACUCCAGACUGACUCUGCAGCUCACGUCCUGGGGCUCCGUUCCUGUGAAAAACAUUUUCCCCCUGCUGCCCGCUGACAGACGGAAAGUGGAGAGCUCUCUGGAGGUCUGCGGCCUGCCCACCGGACGGACUGACAGCAUUCCUCAGGACGCCUUCACACCGGACGUGUACCGACAUCUGCUGAACAACAUCUGUCCACGCAACGACAUCGAUACCAUCUUCUCAGACAUCGGCGCUAAGAGUCGUCCGUACCUCACCGUGGAACAGAUGACAGAUUUCCUGAACAACAAACAGAGAGAUUCUCGCCUGAAUGAGAUCCUGUACCCGCAUCUCAAAGCUGAGCAAGUGCAGGCGUUGGUGGAGAAAUACGAGCCUGACAGCAUGCUGUCUAGCAGAGGGCAGAUCUCGGUGGAGGGAUUCGCCAGAUAUCUGAGUGGAGAGGAGAACUGCAUCAUCCCUCCAGAGAAACUGGACCUGAGUGAAGACAUCACACAGCCGCUCUCACACUACUUCAUCAACUCUUCACACAACACCUACCUCAUAGCCGGUCAGCUGGCAGGAAACUCCUCCGUGGAGAUCUACCGGCAGGUUCUGCUGUCCGGCUGCCGCUGUGUGGAGCUCGACGUCUGGAAGGGGAAAGCACCGGAUGAGGAGCCAAUCAUCACACACGGCUUCACCAUGACAACCGAAAUCAGUUUCAAGGAUGUGAUCGAGGCCAUCGCAGAAACUGCAUUCAAGACGUCUCAACUGCCCGUCAUCCUGUCCUUCGAAAACCACGUGGACUCGCCCAAACAGCAGGCAAAGAUGGCGGAGUACUGCCGGAAAAUAUUUGGAGACGCACUGCUGAUAGACCCACUGGAGAAAUACCCUCUGGAGGCCGGGGUUCCUCUGCCCAGUCCUGCAGAUCUGAUGGGGAAAAUCCUGAUCAAGAAUAAGAAGAGUCCCCAUAAAACCGACGGCAGCACCCGCAAGCGUCUGACGGAGCAAACGUCCUGCAGCGACUCCUCCUGCGAGCCCUCGUCCCCCAGCGCCGGAUCAAUCCAUCAGGAGAUGGCAGACGGCGAUGCAGCAGAGCACAGACUGAAGACAAUGAAGUCCACAGGAUCCAGCAGUGAAGAUAGAGGGGACGUUGAUGCUGACACAGAACAGGAAGAUGACAAUGAUGACAGUAAAAAGUCCACUGAGGAGGGAUCGGCUGCAAAUGAAGCGGUUGCCACUGAGGAAAUGUCCAACUUGGUCAAUUAUGUUCAGCCUGUUAAAUACACAAACUUUGAGACGUGCAAAAAGGUAAACCGAAGUUAUGAAAUGUCAUCAUUUGUGGAGACCAAAGCAAUGGAUCUGCUCAGAGAGUCACCGGUGGAGUUCAUAGAAUAUAAUAAACUUCAGCUGAGCAGAAUCUAUCCGAAAGGAACUAGAGUCGACUCCUCGAACUACAAUCCUCAAGUGUUCUGGAAUGCCGGAUGUCAGCUGGUCGCGCUCAACUUCCAGACCUUAGAUCUGCCCAUGCAGCUCAAUCUGGGCGUAUUCGAGUACAAUGGCAGAUGUGGCUACAGACUGAAGCCGGAGUUCAUGAGACGGAUGGACAAACAGUUCGACCCAUUCACCCAGAGUACAGUCGACGGCAUCAUCGCACACACACUCUCUUUGAAGAUCAUCUCCGGUCAGUUUCUGUCUGAAAAGAGAGUCGGUGUGUAUGUGGAGGUGGAGAUGAUCGGCCUGCCGGUGGACACCAGAUGGAAAGCAUUCCGGACCAAGUCGUCUCAAGGCAACGCCAUCAACCCAGUAUGGGAUGAAGAUCCAAUGAUCUUUCAAAAGAGUAAUGGUGUGUUUCAGGUGGUUCUGCCCACGCUGGCGUCACUGCGGAUCACCGCUCACGAAGACAGCGGCAGGUGCAUCGGCCACCGCAUCAUCCCAGUGUGUGCCAUCCGACCCGGUUAUCGCUACAUCAGUCUGAGGAACGAGAGGAACCAGACGCUGACGCUGCCGUCCAUCUUCAUCUACUCUGAAGUGAAGGAUUACGUGCCGGACACAUACGCUGAUGUGAUCGAGGCGCUCUCCAACCCGAUCCUCUAUGUCAGCCUGAUGGAGCAGCGUUCUCAUCAGCUGGCGGUUCUCACUCAGGAAGAGGGAGAGAUGGAAACCGAUGGAGAUCAGGUGAAUGAAGGUGUAGAGUCAGUGUCAGAGGUCAAGACUGAGCCAAAAACCCCGUCCACAGCAGAGAACGGCCUGAACCACAACAGCCUCUCACCCAGAUCAUCAGUGCAGAUCCAUCAGACUCCAUCCUCAGGAUCAGUCAAACCUGCCGCCAAGGCUGAGGCUGUUACGCAGAGUGCUUUAACAGAGGUGGACGCUCAGUCUGUAGAGGAGCUGAAGCAGAAGAAGGCGUUCACGCGGGAGCAGAAGAAGCAGUAUAAGGAGCUGAAGGAUCUGAUGAAGAAACACAACAAGCAGACCAGCGAGCUGAUCAGCGAACACGCCGCCAGACAGAAGCAGCUGCACUCCGAGUUCCUGCGCCAGCGCGUCGCCCUGCAGAAGACCCAGAGUGUGUUGUCUCAGGACGCAGCGCUGCAGCAGCAGGAGUCCUCCAGGCUCAGUGAACUGAAGGAGCAGCAGCAGCAGAAUCUCCUCAAGCUGCGGCAGGAGCAGUACUACAAAGAGAAAUACUGCAAACAAGAACAUGCCAAACAGCUGGUGGACAAGCUGGCAUCCGUGGCGGAGCACUGUCAGAGUAACCAGCUGAAGAAACUGAAGGAACUGAGUGAGAAGUAA